AUGCAUGUGCACAAGUAUGGAAUCGUAAUUCAUCAGCGACUCAGAGAAACCACGUAUAAGUGGAAAGUCGCCAUACUCACUGGCUCGGUUUCUUCUCAUGGAUGUAUCGACGUUCUUCCUGAUAGGUUUCCUUUCCCACAGGAUGUUAAACCGGGAGUCUCAGUUAAAGCUAAAUUCGAUGACGAACAGGCGGAUGAUCCCUCGGUUGUUUCGUUAUGCAGCAACCACGAGUGGAUCCGUGACGUUGAAGUUAUCAAUUCAAAUGCUGUGAUCUUCAUCAUCGUCCGAUUCGAUGCGGAAUGUCUUAGUAGAUCCUUUUACCAAGAGAACACGAACAUUGAGUACUACAUUAUUCAAAAUGAUGACACUGAUCUACGUAGAAUAGCUAUUCCAAAAGUGGUAUUAGAUGCAGAGUUAGCUGGAAGAUCUCCAUUGCAAAAACGAGAUGAACCACUAGUUUAUCGUGUGGGAGUUAGUUGGGAUCCAUUGUUAUUUGAAGGAGGAACAAGAGCUCAUUGGAGAUAUUUUCCCGACUUACCUUUGGUUCCUAUUUUUGAACUUUAUUACAGAGAUACAACACUGCCAUAUUUAUCUGAGUCAAUGACUUAUGGUGUCCUCGAAGGAAUUGUUAUCGCUCAAAAUGAAUGUGGAGCGUUGUAUUGGACAGUUGGUAUGGGCUGUGCAGUUCUAUCGAAUUUCACAAGAGCCACAGAAAUGCCUCCUCUUGGAUCUGUUAAUUUUGUAUUAGUCAAGCGAUGUCUUCCUGAAACAUCUUUCGGAUUUCCAUGUUGCUACGAGCUGCUCCCAGAUAUCAGGAAUUAUAGUUGGGAAGAAAAAAGAUUUAAGAUUAUAACUGACGAGAAGAGUGGUUCUGUUUACAUCGAAGCCCACUGUAAGUGCGUUCCGAUGACUGAAAAUUGGGGCCAACCAUUCGCAAUGUCAGUGCCAUAUAUUGGAAAGAUUUAUCGAGGAUUGGAGUGUUACAAGGAUAAGAUUUGUGCCGGAAUAGAAUAUUAUUUCCGAAUUGAGUUUCGGAAAUUUAAAAACGAUGGAGAAAUGGAGAACGAAUGUGACUCAUUUGUGCCAGUAAUCGUAGAUCUAUGCUUGAAAGAAGACGAGUUUAUCAAAUGCCGAGUAAUUUCUAUUUCCCACGAAUUAAAAACAUACUUUGCGGUUUUGGAGCCCACGGGUGAAGUAUUCCAACGGUUAAAAAACAAAAUUGAUUUUGUUGCUAUUCCUUUCCGAGUUCUUCAUUGUGCUAAAAGUAUAUAUCUGGAGGAUGAAGAACUAAUGUUGGACUGUUUCACUGUGAGAAUUCGACUUCCAAUGAGUGAUCACAAAGUUGCAGAUGCUAUCCACGUUGAGAGUUCAAGCAGAUCACAGAAAAAUCAUACUCAACUUCCAAGAAUCACACAAGAAAUACAUUUGAAGCUCGCAACACUGGUAGAAAGGCUGAAGAAGCUUAAAAAUGGAACUGAAAAGUCUCCGAUGAAAUCUGAACCCACGAUUGAUGCUUUUGAAAUGGACGGAACUAAGUUUUCCGAUUCGAAAAUGGAUAACAGUGGUAUGAAUUGUUCGACCCCGACUAUCCCUUAUACGGAAGAACGUCCUAGAAAUCAAGAGGAGUGGGAAAUCGGGCGACAGUCAAAUGAUAUUACACGAGAAAGUUCACAAUUUUCGGGUGAAGUUAUUAUCACGGAAUCUUUUUUUGCAUCCACCGCUCCGUCCACCACAACAUUCGUUCAAUAUCCCGAGUCAUAUAUCUCCACAUACAACGAUAGAAUUGCCGGAGAAGUUGUCACAGAAUCAGUCUUCGAAUCGUCAAACUCGUCAUUUUCCUGUGAUAGUCCGAAAAAGGCAGCAAUUGAAGUGGAUAAAAUCGGCGCAUACCACCCAGAGCGUCGAACUCCAACACGAAAUUCGAUGUUCAGUUACAACAUGAAUCCUGGAAGCCGACCCCGUGGGUUUGGUCCAUCAAAUUACAAUCAUCAGGGACCCACAUCUCCCGGAAAGGACAACAGACGGCCAAGAGCCAUCAAAUUUGGAUCGAGACAAUUAAGGUGUCGGAAAAACCAUAAAGAUGUUUUAGAAGAAAUGGCUUACCGUUUCAUGGCCACCCGAUUGAUGUUCGUAGAGAAUGAUAGAAGGGCUAUUGAAAGUUGGUCUCGAAAACCGACCGCGAAAGUGACAAAAACCAAGAAAACCUUAACUUUUGUUAUUCCGAUAGAGAGGAUCAGAACUCACCAAGAGCUCGAUAGGAGAAUUUGUCGAUAUACAUCUCUUAUUCGAUUUGUUGUACUUGACAAAGUUAUGAAUGUGUGUGAUUCUUCUGUUGUGGUCCCAUUCGGAGGAGAUUUUCCAGUUGUACCAAAAGACUUCGAACUUGGAAAUCGCUAUAAAGUGGAACAUUUCUCUUUUCUUGGAGACAAUAUGUGCAGAUUUGGUGGCUUUGCAGCAGGUCUGAACAACUACUUAUUCUAUCUGGAAACCCCCUCGACCACUUUGACGAAUCCGCGAACGAUAGAAAACAAAAGAGGUCAAGAAUACGUUCAGUUAGAAACCAUCGUUUCGCGUCCAAGUACUCCAGUUGUACAUAGUGAAAUAUUUGAACUAUGGAGUUGUGAACAUUGUCCAGGAUAUGUUUUAGUAGAGCUGAAACCUGAACUGAGAGAGAUUUUAGAGACCAUCGAUGCCAAAGUUUACGAUCAGUAUACCUACUCUGCAAUAAUUGAACCAUUAGCAGGCGGCCCAAUGGAAGCAUCGAUUCUUGUUGAAGAUGAGGAUCAGGAUGGUGAGAUGGACGUCUUUGUGUUUUGGAGAUUGGUUGUUGAGUUCUCGAGUGUUGUUCAUCUGCCAAAACUCAUCAGCCGAGGAGAAAAGUAUAUUCCAAAGAGAGACUAUUCUAAAAGAGAAGUUGGCGGAAUCGCCGUUAAAGAUUAUGGAAUGUGGAAGACGUUGCAUAUCAACUCUCAAUUGGCUCAAGCAAAAAUGGAUCGCCUGAGAGCAUUGAACGACCCACGAAUCCGCAUGAUUGAUGGUCCAGAUCUGAAACCAGAACUUAAAGAACGAAAGGUUGAUGAAGACAAACGAAGAGCGUCUAUGUUCGAAGCGAUGGAAUCAUUUGCUGAAUCACUACCAGAACUACAAGAGAAGGGAAUGUUUCAAAGUGUAUUCAUAGAAGAUUUCAAACAAGAAAUUGAAAAAUUAAUACCGCUUGAUGAUGGUCAUCAUGAUCAUCAGAAAAAGAAAAGAAUCUACUCAUUGGAAGUUGGAAUGAACUACAUCACCAAAAUUCUCCUCACGGGAAGUACAUAUAGAAUUAUGAACGGUUUUAAAGAGCACGUAUCACUAUUGAGAAUUCUAGCCGAAUGUAUUGGGCUUAAUGCAACAUAUAUCAAGAAGACUGACGAUGUGAAAAAGAUGGUAAACAGGUGGUAG